AUCAAAUAACACACACACAAAAAAGCUUCCAUAUUUAUCAUUUAAAGCGUACAAUUUCACGAAAGGUAAAAACAUGAAAGGGAAUGGACAUUUUGCAUCGAGCGAUUACACAGGUGAGCAUUAUUAUCGGAACACCUUACCGGGCCACACUCGCUAAUGUAUCGACCCCGUAUGAUCGGGCAGAGGAAGAAGUCAUUUCCCACCUAUGGGUGCAGCUGUUAAUUCACCUCAACGUUUAUUCGUAUGGCGUAUGGCUGGUGGUGACCGUCGCAUUUCUCCACUACGAGUUCGCCACCGUGAGCGGUAUCGAGAAAACACUCUCCAUCCUUUCGCUGGUGGUUGCCAUACCGCUCGAGGCCGUACGGCUCUACCUUGGCCACACGGGAAAUCUGAUGAGUGCGAUACCCAGUUUUGCCGGAUUCCUUAUACUUUCGCUACUGAUUCAGCUACCGCUGCAGCUGUAUCUUCUGCUGGCCACACACACCACAAAGCACACCGUACCGCUGGUGGUGCAGUCGAUCACGAUCCUGCUGCUCGUGCUGCAGAUUCUCGUUGGCGUACCGGCGAUGAGGAAACUGUCCGACUUUCGUAGGAAACAAUUUCAAACACAACGCUGGCAGUACGCGGGCAAACGGACGGUAGACGAAGGAGAUGAAUGAAGAACAGCUGGUU